AUGGAUUUAACCCAGUUAAAUCUGUUGGUGGGAAACGUGUCCAACGAUGAGAACAGCACGGACGCACCGCUUUCCUUUCCACACACACCGGCAGCCAGUGCAAUCAUCAUCCUGGUGGUUAUUGUGAUUAUUUCGGUGACCAUUGUCGGGAAUGUGUUGGUCAUAGUAGCGGUGCUGACCAGCCGCGCUCUCCGUGCGCCACAGAACCUGUUCCUUGUCUCUCUGGCGUCCGCGGACAUCCUGGUGGCCACGCUGGUCAUCCCCUUCUCCCUCGCCAAUGAGCUGAUGGGGUACUGGUACUUUGGAAGCACUUGGUGCGCAUUCUACUUGGCUCUGGACGUGCUGUUCUGCACCUCAUCCAUCGUGCACCUGUGCGCCAUCAGCGUGGACCGCUACUGGUCCAUCACGAAGGCGGUGAGCUACAACCUGAAGCGCACCCCCAAGCGCAUCAAGUCCAUGAUCGCUGUGGUGUGGAUCAUAUCUGCGAUCAUCUCCUUCCCUCCUCUCCUCAUGACCAAGCACGACGAGCGGGAGUGUCUUCUGAACGAUGAGACCUGGUACAUCCUCUCCUCCUGCAUGGUGUCCUUCUUCGCCCCGGGUCUCAUCAUGAUCCUGGUUUACUGUAAGAUCUACAAAGUGGCCAAGCAGCGCUCCUCCACCGUGUUCGUGGCCAAAAACGGUCUGGAGAGGCAGCCCUCCCAGUCCGAGACCUGCUUCGUCAGGAAGGACCAGAUGGAGACUGAGAGCCCCAGCAGCCAGGACUCCUGCACCCCCCAGCAGGACCAGGGGGAGCUGGAUGACAUCGACCUGGAGGAGAGCUGCUGCCCGUCGGACACCAAACCGCGCAACCAUCGCUUCACCAAGCGGAGGAAGGUGGAGGGGUCGGACUGCUGCCCCCCGCAGAGCUGCCGCCUGUCCUGGGCCUCGGCCCGCGCGUCGCAGCUCUACCCGGAGCAGAAGCCCCCGGCCGUGCGACCCCAGGGGGCGGCGGUCAACAAGACCAAAGUGGCCCAGAUGCGGGAGAAGCGCUUCACCUUCGUGCUGGCCGUGGUGAUGGGGGUGUUCGUGCUCUGCUGGUUCCCCUUCUUCUUCACCUACAGCCUCCAUGCGAUCUGCAGAGACAGCUGCUACGUCCCGGGCGCACUGUUCAACCUGUUCUUCUGGAUUGGCUACUGCAACAGCUCCGUGAACCCCAUCAUAUACACUAUUUUCAACAGGGAUUUCAGGAAAGCCUUCAAGAAAAUUGUGUGCAGGACUCCCAAGCGCACGUAACUCUAGAGGAAGACAAUCAUUUGGCCUCUAAUGCCUCAACAGUGCUGGGAAGGAAUUAUGUUAUCAAGACUCAGUGCUCUUGGCUAUAGUUCCCCUCCCGAAAUCACUUUCAUGUAACUAUGAGAAGAAGAAAAA